AGCCUCGUUGCCUAUAAAUAGCAUGGCUCCAACCAUGCAAAACUCACCAUUGCACCUGCAAAACGAGAAGUAUCCAACAAUGACUACCACCCGUGUUGCUAUCUGUCUUUGCUUUGCAUUCCUUUACUACGCGGCUGAAGGAGCCAAGGUUAGUUUCAAUAACAAGUGCACAUACACGGUAUGGCCAGGAACCCUAACCGGUGACCAAAAGCCCCAAUUAUCAACAACUGGUUUCGAGUUGGGUCCAGGAGCAUCCAACUCUGUGGACCUUCCAUCUCCAUGGUCCGGUCGGUUCUGGGCCCGAACAGGAUGCUCCAACAACAACGGAAGGUUCAGCUGCGCCACCGCCGAUUGCGCCUCCGGUCAAGUCGCAUGCAACGGUGCCGGUGCAAUCCCGCCAGCUACUUUGGUAGAAAUCACAGUUGCAGCAAACGGAGGGCAAGAUUUCUACGACGUGAGCAACGUGGAUGGCUUCAACGUGCCCAUGUCCGUAACCCCACAAGGUGGGAGUGGCGAUUGCAAAACCUCAAGUUGCCCUAAGAACAUUAACUCUGUGUGCCCUGCGGAGCUUCAAGUCAAAGGGUCCGAUGGCAACGUCAUCGCUUGCAAGAGUGCUUGCGAGGCUUUUAAGGAAGAUAGAUAUUGCUGCACUGGACCUAACAACACCGCAGAAACAUGUCCACCUACGAACUACUCUCAGAUUUUCGAGGAGCAGUGUCCCGAUGCUUAUUCCUACGCUUACGAUGAUAAGAGCAGCACUUUCACUUGCUCCAACAGGCCUGAUUAUGCCAUCACAUUCUGCCCUUGAAGUGCUCACCAGUGGAGAGAUCGACUUAAUUGGUUAUAUAUCCCUCCGUUUAAAAUAAGUGAAUACACAAAUACUAUUACCCACUCAUAGGUUAUAUAGUAUGAAUAAUAAAUCACGUGAUUUCGGUGAUUGUAUUGAUGAAUUACCAUCCAAUUAAUAAAGUUUAGCUUUUAUAAUUGA